GGCACUCGCAGGCAAACUGACUAUUCUGCACUUCGUAGGAUAUUGAGAAAGAGAGAGAGACCGAGAGAUAGAUAUCGUUUUGUGAUUAUAGUUUUGUAUACGCAAAACUCAUUCGCUGAUAAAAUUAAGAUGGAGGACAAAGUUAACACGAGCAACUCCGCCGCCGAAGCCGCCGAGGGCAAUCCCACUCCGGCUAAGAAGACUAACAAGAGCAAGGCUAAGUCGCAGGAGAAAAAGGCGUCGCGGCCAGCGACUUCAGAGAUGGUGACCACGGCCAUCAAGGAGUUGAAGGAUCAAAAGGGCUCGUCGCUGCAGGCGAUUAAGAAGUACAUCGUGGCGACUUACAAGGUUGAUGGUGAGAAGGUCGCCCCGUUCAUCAGGAGAUACCUGAAGGCCGCGGUUUCCUCGGGCACCGUCGUGCAGACCAAAGGAAAAGGCGCGUCCGGAUCCUUCAAAUUGUCCACGGACAAUUCGAAGCCCAAGGCGAAGGCGAAGGUGAAGCGCGCUGUCAAACCUGCGGCGAAGAAGGACAAAAUCGAGAAGACCACGACGACGCGAAAACCAGUCGCCGCGAAGAAGCCCGCCGCUAAAAAGGCAGAGAGCCCGAAGAAGCCCGCUCAGAAGAAAACUGCCGCCGCUGCUAAAUCCGUUGCAAAGAAGAAGAGUAAAGCCGCCGUGGAAACCAAGUCGCCGUCGAAAGCCAAGAAAGCCGUGAAGGCACCCGCAGCGAAGACCAAGACGCCGAAGCCGAAAAAAGCGGCAACAAAAGCCGUAAUUAUUUCAGCAAAGAAAUAAUUAUUCUGCUCGCUACAAUUACAAAUGGCCCUUUUCAGGGCCC